AUGAUCCAGUCAUGCGCCCGAAGAAAUAGUCAGGGAUUUGUGGAGCCGAAGAUGUCAGCUCAGCUGUUUGCAGUGCUUGAUGAUGAUGGCAUCGGUCAAGCGCUGGCAUCACGUCUCGGGCACCGCCUCCAACGCUUUCCGUUACUAUUUAUAGUCAACCACUCGGGGAAAUCGGAAACAAAUUCGGGGAACGAACCU